CUAAGAAACCUGUUCUAGCUCCUUUGCUCUUGAGUUUAGGGCAGCGAGUUUGGUAUUACCUCAAUUCGGUCUGUGUGUUUGCAACCAUGGCUGGUUCCUUUGAAUACGAAUACGAUGUCUUCGUUAGUUAUUGUGAGGAAGAUACCCGCACAAGCUUUGCCGGACAUCUCUUUGCCGCUUUUGACCGUAAAAAGAUACGUGCGUAUAGAGGGGAAGAGGCUGGACCGGAGUUAUUGAAGGAAAUUGAGACAUCAAAUAUUGCAGUUGUGGUGUUCUCCAAAAACUACGCUGCUUCGCAUUUGUGCCUGGAUGAGCUGGUGAAGAUCAUGGAAUGCAAAAGGCUGUUCAAUCAAAGGGUGAUCCCUAUUUUCUAUGAUGUGUCUCCAUCUGAGGUACGAAAACAGAAGGGGAAUUUGUCGGAGGCGUUGCUGAAUGGCCCUGAAGAUAAGGUGAAUAGUUGGAAGGUUGCUUUAACGGACGCUGCAAACUUGGCUGGAUUGCAUUUGAAACCGUAUCGUCCAGAGCCAGAGUUUAUAGAGGAAAUUGUUGAAGUCAUUUGGAAAAGACUAAAAGGGAAAUCAUCCACCGUUCAAUCCCGUCGUCAGAUUGAUAAUCCCGGUGUCGGUGUCGGUGUCGGUGUCGGUGAAGACUCUUCAAUAAUCAUCUCGCAAAAUGAUGCUUCAUCUGUUCAAAAUGCUAUUGCUGAGUGGAGUCGUCUUUUUUUUUUAGCCUUAUAUAGACAUUUUGUUGUACUUAUUGUUGCCACUGUCAGUAGAUAGGCCCCAAAAACAUUGACGUGGAAGCGGGGCCCUCUGACGUUACUUUUGAUUCCGACUAAAAGACUUUCUAGUUUUUUUAUUUAUUUAAAAUCUCAGACGUUGCGUGCGGAGCAGUAAGACAUUAAAAGAGUCACAAGUCUGAAGUCUUCGUCUUCAACAGGUACAAGCCGAAUAUUCCCUUCCAACUCCUUUGCCUAGUAAGGAUUGCAAGUGAAACCUAUUCCUCCCCCAGUCGAUUUAUCCCAUUCGGCUCCUUUCCCUGCUUUACUCAUUUUAGCUGUUACAUUUUAUGUCGUUGU